GAGCAAGUCACUGAACCCUCAUUGCCCCCCCAAAAAAAUGAAGGUAACAAAUUAAAAUAAACUUCAGUGGGGAGGCAAAGAUGACUUCUAUAUGCCCUUUGCCCUCCUGUUAUGGUGUUAUGAUUGUUUGAUUAUGAUACAGACCCCCACCAGAUUAGAUCUAGAAAUAUAGACUUUGGAACCCCAGAUUCUGACUUGGAUGCAUCACCCAAACUUGAUGACCCAUGUGAGAUCCACAGCUGCUUUGGCUUCUCCUUUAGAAUAGGAGAGUUUAACUAUGUUGCAAAGCAUCAUGGGCAUACACCUGGUUAGAAUCAGAAUCGGCUAAUUGGAGGUGAAGAAGAAGGUUCUGGCUAUUCUCUUAUCCCUAAUUGGGAAUCUUGACACCAAGGAAAAUACCUUUGAAAUCAGCAAGAUGAAAUGCCCUUUGGGCAUUUCUGAAAGUAUACUUGUAAUCCCAAUUAAAUAACGUGGUACAUUGCAAAGGGUUCUGUAUUCCCUGCCUUGAUGUGACGCUCCCCGUAUCGAGGUGCUUCAUUUCUCUGGGCCUCAAUUCCCUCAUCUGUCAAAUGAGUGGUUGGACUAGACAGCUUCCGAGGUCCCUUCUAGCUCUAAAUGUAUGACCUAAAGCAGAUAUAGUCCCUGCAUACGCUCAUGGCCAACCUCCCUACAAAAAGAGCCUCCUGUAUUUAGCCCAGGGAAUUUUACUGGGUGUCAAACCCAACCAGCCAGAAUGCAUCAUAGUACACACAAGACGUAUGCAGAAUACUUCAGGCAUGACCCCUCCACUCCAAAAAUGGAUGUUUUAGUUGGACAGCGCCCAUUCUGAAAUGCAGGAGCCGAUCAAGACCGACUUGCUCCAUACUCUGUUAUUCUUCAGCUCUCCAUCCAUCCUCUCGGAAUGUUUUCACUUUUGUGCUCAUAGCACUCACUCACUACGAGUUACUGCAAAGUGGUGAUGAGACAAGGCUGAGGGGUGGUGUCCAUUCCCCGUGGAUUUUUGUUUUCCUAAUCACUGCCAGCACCGAGGCUGUGCAGGAUGAGUAAGAGUCUCUUCCGCUUUGCUUGGGGCCACUUUCCUCUUCAUCACUCACUGCCUCUCUUUGCCGACCUGACCUAGAUAUGGCACUAGGUAAAGAAGACUGCUUGGCUUUGGUGUUGUCCAGACUUGGAUCCCAGAUCAGGGGAAGGAGGCGGAAUGUGAAUGCAGAUGCAGACCAGAAGCCUGAAGUUUCUCCCCCUCACAGCCCAGGGUCUUUCACCCCUGACUUCCAGCACAGGAUAGCAACAGAUGGAGGAAUUCAACUGAUUUUGAGGAACAGGUGCAGUGAACCUGUGAGCCAACCACACUCCUGGCAUUCAACCAAAUCUGGGGAGGAUAAGCCUGAUGCCAGCAUGAUGCAAAUAUCUCAGGGUACGAUUGGUACUCCUUGGCACCAAAAUUAUCAUUCCAGUUCCUCUACAAGCGAUGUCUCUAACUAUAGCCAUGCUUAUCCAAGAAGGAGCCCCGAUCAGUACAGCUCCCAAGGGAGCAUGGAGAGUUUGGACCACAGCGGUGGCUACCCCCCAUGUCACCUCCUCUCUCCUGCCAAGUCUACCAGUAGCAUCGACCAGCUCACCCACCUCCACAACAAGAGAGACUCUGCUUAUAGUUCCUUCUCUACCAGUUCUAGCAUCCUCGAGUAUCCCCCCACCAGCUUCUCUGCCCAGGAGUGUUCUGACACAGUGGCCACAACACCCGCCCAAGGCAGCCUAUUGGAAGGCAUGAAACAGGCUGACAUCCGGUAUGUCAAGACAGUCUACGACACCAGGCGAGGCGUCUCAGCAGAGUAUGAGGUGAACUCUUCAGCAUUGCUUCUCCCCACAGGAGAAUCCCAGGAGUCAGCGGAUGGUCGGGAUUAUGAUGGGUGGCAUAAUCAUCCUAGAGGGGGCCGGACACCCCUGCUCUCCUGGAACCAAGAGUACUGCAGGUCCCAUGAGACAAAAUCCAACAGCCUACCCCACAAGGUGGGUGCUCCCAUGCCCCCAACUCGGAGUGGCAGCUAUGCGGUUCUCAGGCAUUAUGAGAGAUCCAGCUCUUGUUCUAGCCUCGAGUACAGCAGGUGUGGCCGGCCCCACUCAGGCUUCCCUGGAUCUCUAAAGACUUCAUUUCCAGAAGAACAUUUGCAUCCUCUUCUAGAGAAAAGUCCAGAGAGUAGUCCCCCAGUGAAGCCCAAGCAAAACUAUGGCCAAGCAUCCCAACCAGGCCAGCCACUGCUCCCUACUGGCAUCUACCCUGUACCUUCACCUGAACCGCACUUUGCCCAGAUGCCCCAGCCUUCUGUGAGCAGCAAUGGGAUGGUAUACCCAGCACUCGUCAAGGAAUGCAGUUAUACCGCCACACUGAGCACUUGUGACAAGGGGGCUCAUCUUGAGAAUGGGAAUCAAAAUGGCCCCAGUAAGUCUGCAGCCAUCUUCUACCAGGCUCCAGAGUAUAUCUCACCACCCCCAGUGGAGAAGCCAGAAGCCACAGUCAAGUUUUCCCCAUAUAAGCCACAUUUCAUAUCAGAGUCUGAGAACAUCAGGGGCACUUCCCUGAGGAAGGAUGAGCUGCAGAUUUCAGAGGGCAACAGUGUGCUCUCCAAUGGGAGAGAAAGCAUGCACGAGAGUGUACAGCACUCCAACCAUCACAUCCCUCAGACCCUGCAGAUCCAGGUUCAGGAAGCCAAUGAAGGCCAGGUACUUUGCAGACCCUCAGAACCCAGAAGGGCAGAAUUCCAGGAGUCUCAAAAUGCCCGCCUUCAACCACGACCAGAAAGAGAAGACUCAUGGAGCACUUCAGGCAAAACAAAUUCAAGUUUUUUAUCUCGACAGACUAUUUCCGAAAGCACCAGGAAGCAAGAGAGCCUGGACCUACCAAUGGGUCCUCAGGAGGGAAACCCUGACAGUAGGAUCAACGUGAGUCCAAUGGAACAAGAGCCCCAAAAGACAGUUCUUGAACAAUGGGACCAUUCCGACUGGCAAGCUUCCCAUGUCAGGACUGAGGGAGGAACUAAAGGCUCGCCCCCUUUCCAUAAUUCUCAACCAAGGCAUGAGGCCCACAGGCAGACAUCCAGCCUGAACCGGAGGCGGCUUAGUUCAGGCAACACCCUCCAGACCUCUCAUUAUGGUAAACCCAACUGCUCCGUGUUGGAGAAGGUCAGUAAGAUUGAGCAACGUGAACAAAGGAACCGGAGACCCUUGAGUGUGAGCAGCUACAUCUACAGGGCCAGCAAGCUGGAACACACACCUGGUAGUGGAAGCUCCAUGAUCGGCCUUGAAGAUCCCCAGGAUGAAAUAAGCUUCUCGGAAGCAGGUUCAUCCAUAAGUUCUGGGAGCACUGGGGAGAACCUGGUCAAAGAGGGUAAGAAGAAACCUGAAGGCGUUUCCUGGCAUCUACCUGAACAUCAGCCAAGGAGGGUUGGGAAUGGUGGCCGUGCACACCCAGAGACGAAGCCACUCAGAAGUGGGCCUCUCCUACAACGCAGCCAAAGCACCUUCCAGCUUUCCAACAAGGUGGAGGAGGAAACCCUGUGGAGAGGAGGUAGGCCUACUAGCCCUGAGUCACCACUUCUUGAGGUUCCCUUAAACCAGGCCUAUCGGAAUAGUAUCAAGGAUGCUCAGUCCAGGGUCCUGGGAGCCACUUCCUUCCAACGUCGGGAUCUCGAUCUGGGUCCCCCCGUAGUAUCCCAGUCAAGGCGAGGGGCAAGGCAGAGGCCAGCCUCUGCCCACUUGGGGAUGAGGAGCCCAGAAGUAACAGUGAUGUCUGCUUCACCUCAUAUCCCCAAGGAACGACACAGCAUCACUCCCACUGAGGGGAGCCCACCCAGGGAAGACGCAGCAGCCCUGGUGGCCCGGGUUGGAGGCCGGAAGCGACUCACAGCUGAACAAAAGAAGCGUUCCUAUUCAGAGCCUGAGAAGAUGAAUGAAGUUGGGGUAUCUGGGGCAGGAGAGCCAGCUGCCUGCUGUCCCCAGAGGAAGGAUCUUCCCUUUGGCUUCCCAGAGAACACAGUGGCAGAUAGGCGCCGCAUCUUUGAGAGAGAGGGGAAAGCUUGCUCCACCCUUAACCUCUCCAGGCCUGAGCUGAAGCAACUACAGCAGACCGCCCUGGCCGACUACAUUCAACGCAAAACCGGGAAGAGACCAUCCUCUUCGGUCAAUCACGGACGAGAGAGCCGUAGCCUCACUUCAGUCUCCAGUGUGAACUCCUUGCAGGAGCAAAUCCCAUUCUCUAGGAGAGGGUCUGCCACCCUGCCCCCAGAAUUGGUGGGAAACUUGGACAGACACAGCCUCGAGACACGGAGCAUGCCACGAGAUCGGAGCAGUUCUUUCGCCAACGGUCAUCUCCGUGCUGAAAGGUAUUGGCAUCCCAGGAGGGAACCUGCACAGGCAGAUUGGCUUGGAGAGGCCGGUGACCAGCUCAGUCAUCCACAGAAAGUCACCUGGGCUCUUGACAAGCAUUCUGCCCUGGUCACUGUGACCAAGAGGGCAGGAAAGUCCAUGUCUGCUGAAGAUCUGCUGGACAGGUCAGAUGUUCUGACUGUCCCUUGUCAUUCGAGGUCCAGGUCGUCCCCCAUCUCGGAUAAGAAAUGUCAGGAUGUGCUUCUGAGGGGGAACAGUGACUACAGCCUUCUGGGAAAGUCUCCUUCCUGCACUGCUGGCCCGGGAUCCAGGCAGUUCAGUUAUUCUGAAAGAAGCAAUGAAGAGAAGUCAUCACUUACACAUCACCCAGGGUCUCACAAAGUACCAAAUGGGUCAUUGGUUCUCAUGGAGUGUUCUAGGACUUUGGAACCUCAAAGGCCUAGCAGCAGAUCUCCAGCCUUUGGGCCACCAAUGGCAGGAAGGCCAGGUCCUUUCGUAGACGCAAAAAACUCACAGAUCAACCCUGUGAAAUCAGCUCAGACCUCUGGGGCCAACUCCACCUACUCUCCUCAGCCUUAUCUGCAUGCAGAAAGAGAUGUCCUGGCUGGGAAGCAGCCUUCUCCAGUGGACGCACCUGCCGCCAUCCUCAGAAGUAAUGGUCAUAUCCCACCACGGCCCCAGAGUCCAAGCGACAUUGAGGACAACUGCUUUGAGAAUUUAGCUUCAAAUGGGGUGAAGAAAAAUAAGGGCCCUCUACCUCAGAGGCCCCCUCCCCCCCGAGUGAAAUGGGCCCACUCACUCAGAGAGGACGUCUUCUCAGAGCCCUCUUCAUCUCCUGGGACACCAAAUCAGAAGCACUAUCAGCAACGUCAGAGUCUGCCUAGCCCAAGCACCACAUCUAACCCCAACAGUCCCCUACGACCCUUCACUACACCUGAAAAGGGCUCCCUCAGAAUAUCUGAGUCAGCCCUUCAGGCCGUCCCAUGCCCUCAGGAAGAAGGCGACGAUGAGGUGUUUGUGCAGAAUUUGAGACCCAAUUCCACGUCCAGUCCCACUUUGAAAACUUUGCCCGUGUUACCUCCACCUCCACCACCCCCAUUACCUCCUCCAAUAGACCUGAAGGCACUGGGGGCCAGCCUGGAAGAUUUUCCUCCUCCCCCUCCCUCAAUUAUAUAUGAAGCAUUGGGGACCCCGAGCAAUGAGACUUGUGAAGAGACCUGUACCAGCAAUUCCAUCAGAUUGUCUGAACUGACAAUUACAGAUACUCAAAGGAGCAGCCCAACCCCAGCUUCCAGACCCAACCCUUUCAUCAAGGUUCCAGGAGCCAAACAGACAAGCUUAUUAUCCACUCCCAAUGCCCAGAACCAGCCAAUUGAAACUCUUGGGGAGCGGUCUAGCCCAGAGCAGAUGCUUCCCACCCAGGCCUCAAGUCUCAUCCAGAAGCUGGGGGACCUGACUCAGGAAUCAGAAAAGGGCAGCCCCAGCUCUGAGAAGACUCCAGAGGACAUCAGGAGAGAGACUCUGGCCAAGCAGAUUGUUCACCAAGACAAAUCCCUAGCAGGUAUUCUGGAUCCAGAUUCCAGAAUGAAGACUACCAUGGAUCUGAUGGAAGGUCUGUUUCCACAGGGCCCAAGCUUCCUGAAGGAAAACAAUAUGCGGAAGAAGGCAAUACAGAGAAAUACCAGUUUCCCAGUAUCUGAAGGGAGUAGGGGCCCAGAAAAAGAAAGAGCAGGAAUGUUGAUCAACUGUCCUGCCUACUAUAAUGUGUCUGCACCCAAGGCGGAGCUUCUGAACAAACUCAAAUCCAUGCCUAUAGAGGGAAAUGAGGAUGAUGACCACCUGGACGUCAAUGAGAAGAAGGCAAAACUCAUUGGAAGCCUGAGGCUUAAACUGGAGUCCCUGAAAGAAGCGAAGGAAAGUUUGCUGAUGGACAUCAAGCUCAACAAUGCCCUGGGAGAAGACGUGGAAGUUUUGAUCAGCAAACUCUGCAAACCCAAUGAAUUUGACAAAUACAAGAUGUUCAUAGGAGACCUGGACAAGGUUGUGAACCUCUUGCUUUCCCUCUCUGGACGACUGGCCCGAGUAGAAAAUGUCCUCAGUGGCCUGGGAGAAGAUGCUGAUAGUCAAGAGCGGAGCUCUCUAAAUGAGAAGAGAAAGGUGUUGGCUGGCCAGCACGAAGAUGCUCGAGAACUCAAGGAGAACCUGGACCGGAGAGAGCGGGUGGUUUUGGACAUCUUGGCCAAUUACCUCACCAAGGAGCAGUUCCAAGACUAUCAACAUUUUGUGAAGAUGAAGUCGACGCUCCUCAUUGAGCAGCGGAAAUUGGACGACAAGAUCAAACUAGGGCAGGAGCAGCUCAACUGCCUGUUGGAAAGUCUUCCCAGGGACUUCCUCUCCAAGGCCAGGGCCCCGGCUGCCCUUCCGCCUCCUGAAGCGGAGGUCCCCUCCAAUGGGGGCUGCACGUUCAGAAGCACUCUGACCUCUUCACUUUAGCCUCUCCGGAAAGACCCAAUGAAGAACUCAGCUUGAUUCUCAAGAUUAUUUAAACUGAUCAGUUUUCAAAUUACAGUCCACUAGAAAAAUGAUAGGGUUUGGGCAUUUUUUAAUUGGGGGGUGGGGGGAGGAAAGGUAACUACAGAAAAAUACACAGUUGUGGGUUGGUUUGUUUUUCCUUCUCUUGGCUGCCCAAAAUAUAACUCUUUCUAUUUUUCCACAGUAGGAAGAAAAGUAAUGAAACUGGGGGUUGGUUAAAGGGGUGGUUGAUUCUUUAGUUUUUAACCAGACUGGGUCAACAUGAAACAAGUAAAUUUCACUUUCAGGAAUGUGUCCUGGUCUGCCUUCUCCUGGGCAAAGUGCCCUAUAUAUGAUAGAGUAGAGUUAUGCAAUAAAGGGUCUGUAACAUAAAGUCUUUUAAAAAAUAUGAAGAGAAAGGGGGGAAAGGCCCUAACAUUGUCACUAUUUAUAUUUUUUAAAUGAAUGAGGAUGUGUAAAUGUUUGUUUAUAUGCUAAUCGGUUACUUGACUCUAUGGUGGACACAGCAAAUCCUGUUGGAAUGAUGCCUUUGGUAAAAAAUCUUUAAUGUGACAAAAAAGCCUAGAUAAUUACACCAAGCCUGGGAAUUCUGCUUCAUUCCCUCCUCCCCCCAUCCUCCUUCCCCCCACCCCCUUCUCUCUCUCUGUCUUCCCCAUCACUCUUCCUUUCUCUCCCCUUCUCUCUUAUCUCUCCCUCUCUG